CUCUGCUCCCAUGUUGAUGUUUGUUGUUUGCGAGGGUGGCAUGGCUGCGAGUGUGUGUUUGCAUGUGUGUGCGUGCGUGUGUGUGGAGAGGGACACAGUGUGAACGCGGGGUUGUCGACUGGCCUGCCUGCUCGCUUCUUGGGGGAAUGCUGCAACUUUUUUCCCCCGAAAACGCGGCCGAACGGUGAAGAAUUGUGGCGAUCGAGCGCCGACGGUCGCUGUGAAACACAUGGACGUGUGGCCGUAGAGGUCCUGCCUGGUUCGCGUUGUGCGCAGAGACUCGCAGCGUCUUUCUGAGCGGCGGCCGGUGAGGAUGCCGGAGCUCGACUGAGAGCAGCCCGUCCGUGCUCUCUCUCUCACCGGAUUCCCCUUUUUCGAACCAACUUCUUCCUUCCAGUUUCAGACUCAUUUCUUUUAGCCUUAACUUCUUUAAAAUGGUGUUCUUCGCUUUGUCGUCGCCUCGUAACAAACCUGGAUAACGGAAGGAGUAGCUACGUGACAACACCCAGACACGACGAGCAGCUUCGAGGCACAACUGCCCCGGGAUUUAUUCAGCUGUGGGGAUUUUAAUCAGCAGUCGAUGCAUCUCGGGGUAUCUGAGUCCGUGAGAGAGUGCGAGUACAGCCAAAUAAGCACUCGCAGCUCCACGCCAAUGGAGACCCCUUACAAGAAAAAGACCCCGAAGAAGAGGAAGUGGGAGUCCUUCCCAGGUCGGAAUAAGUUUUACUGCAAUGGGAGGAUUAUGAUGGCCAAGCAGACAGGGGUUUUCUACCUCACCCUUGUCCUCAUUCUAGUGACUUGUGGACUUUUCUUCACCUUUGAUUGUCCGUUCUUGGCACUGCAGUUGACCCCAGUUAUCCCAGUCAUAGGAGGUGUGCUGUUCAUGUUUGUAUUGGGGACACUCCUGCGAACCAGCUUCAGUGACCCAGGAGUGCUGCCCAGAGCCACGCCAGAUGAAGCAGCUGACUUGGAGAGGCAAAUAGAUGUGGCUAAUGGCAGUACUGGCUACAGGCCUCCUCCCAGGACCAAGGAGGUGGUCAUCAAUGGCCAGACAGUCAAGCUGAAGUAUUGCUUCACCUGCAAGAUCCUCAGACCGCCACGUGCCUCCCACUGCAGCCUCUGUGACAACUGUGUGGAGCGUUUUGACCACCACUGUCCCUGGGUGGGGAACUGCGUGGGAAAGAGGAACUACCGUUUCUUCUACAUGUUCAUCCUCUCGCUCUCCUUCCUCACCAUCUUCAUCUUCGCCUUCGUCAUCACACACAUCAUUUUACGCUCCCAUCGAAGCGGGUUCCUCAAUGCGCUUAAAGACAGUCCUGCCAGUGUGCUGGAGGUGGUGGUGUGUUUCUUCUCUGUCUGGUCCAUAGUGGGCCUCUCAGGCUUCCAUACCUACCUAAUCAGCUCCAACCAGACCACCAAUGAAGAUAUAAAAGGGUCCUGGUCUUCUAAAAGAGGGAAGGACAACUAUAACCCCUACAGCCACGGCAAUAUAUUCACCAACUGCUGCGCAGCCCUGUGUGGACCCCUGCCACCGAGUCUCAUUGACAGACGGGGUUUUAUCCAAUCAGACACACCGCAGCUUGCACCACCAACCAAUGGCAUCACAAUGUAUGGCGCCACCCAGUCACAGCAGAGCCACAUGUGUGACCAAGACCAGUGCAUUCAGAGCACCAAAUUCGUUUUGCAGGCCGCCGCCACACCUCUCCUCCAGCAGCAGAGCAGCGAGCCAGUCAUCCUGACGGCUUCCCCUGAAAACGGAGGCUCCCUGCCCGGGCGCACCGCUCUCACCCUGGGCGGCCCGUGCACCUCGCUCCCCCUCGGCCAGCCCACCCCUCCGACAUCUACGCCCAGUCUCAGCUGCCACGAGGCCCCCGACAUGCUGCCAAUCCACGGACACAGCCACACGCACAACCACAGCCAUCCCCUCCAGGAGCCGGUGGCCCACCACCACUUUCUUACUCCAGAGGAGGUGCCCUCGCCGCCUGGGAUGCUCCCCUGUGGCAGCCCCCUGGGUCACAGCCACACCAUGCAGGCCGGCUUCUACAACCCAGCCAGCCAGGACUCACUACACGAGGACUCUGUCAGAGGACUGGUAAAGCUCAGCUCUGUCUGACAAUGGGACACACACCCCCUCCUCCCUCCUGAAAACAUGCAUCCAACCCAUGAAACUCUCCUGUGCCGUUUUUGUACCAGCUCGCUCUCACCCUGAGUUAGCUUUCAGUUCUCUCCUCAGCAGGACUCGAGAACUGAAAAAGGCUGUGGUUUGAAUUCAGCUGCUAGAAACUGAAUGGAAUUGAACUGAACCGAAGAGAAACCAGUUGUCCUCAGCCAAUGUCUUGCCAAACUGCUCCGCUGGAACUGGGAGAGAUGUUUUCUCUGCUUCUCCUGUGUGACAGCUCAGACAUACUCUUCUCUGUUUUUAUACAUCAAGGGAAGCAUUAUCUGUUAUCUCCUGGAAACUGGACAGCACAGUUUUCUAUUUCAAAAGUGGCGUAUGUGAGCCAUUUCAAGCAAAAACAGAACGUGACAUUUUUGGUCAAUGAUGAGUUUCUGUCAAUGGAUCAAAGGUCUGACAGGUUUUUUUGUAAAACAAACUUUAGCCUAUUUGCCUGUUGCUGAUUGGACAGCGUCUUUUGCCUUUUUUUUCUUGGACAUUCUCAGCAGUGCAAUGGUUGAUGUCAUGUUGCAUAUCAUCCUGCUUUUUCUAUGUUAAAAAUAAGACUGUUGUACUGUACCAUGGUUAUUACAAAUCUUACAAAUUAUUAUAUUUCCUGUGGAUAUUAAUAAAACACCAACUUU